GCGCGGCACCAUUAUUCCAUCGCCAUUCCGUUCCGAAAAAUUGGAUGUCAUCCGUCCCACGUCGCGAAGCCGAAGCGACCCGCUUCAAAACCCGGCAAAAUUUACCACCGCACCUGCGCGCGGCCGGGCCCCAAUUUCAGCCCCCGAAAACCACACAAAAAGCUCCACGCUGCCCAAGUGUCGAUUCCAUUCGCGGAUUCCUUUUCUCCCCUCUCACACCUCCUCCCAGCCGCGGCACGCGACGGCUCAGGCCCCCGCCGCAGCCCCGACCCCCGAACACACACUAGUGGUGGUUGCCAAAUGGGGUACCUCUCCUGCCGCGCGGACUCGUCAGUGGCGACGUGCCGGUCCAUCACGGCCAUCUCGCCGCUCCCCAUCUCGCGCCGGUCAGGGUCCAGGCCAGCGCUGCCGCCCGCCGCCGAGCGGUUCGCGUACGCCGAGCUGGAGGCGGCCACCUCCCACUUCGCGGACGCGGCGCUGCUGGGGAGGGGCAGCCACGGGGCCGUCUACAAGGCCGUGCUCCCCUCGGGCCGCGCCGUCGCCGUCAAGCGCCCCUCCCCGCGCCGCCCCGAGGUGGACAACGAGAUCCGCAUCCUCUCCUCCGUCCGCGGCCCGCGCCUCGUCAACCUCCUCGGCUUCUCCGACCCCGGCCCCUGCCCGGGCCCCGCCGCGCGCCUACUCGUCGUCGAGUACAUGCCCAACGGCACGCUCUACGACCUGCUCCACUCCAACCCGCGCCCGCCCGGCUGGCCGCGCCGCCUCCGCCUCGCUCUCCAUACCGCUAGGGCGCUCCGCGCUCUCCACGACGCCGACCCGCCCGUCAUCCAUCGCGACGUCAAGUCCGCCAACGUCCUGCUCGACGCCAACCUUGACGCGCGCCUCGGCGACUUCGGCCUCGCACUCCGCGUGCCCAAGAGCCUCCCCGGGGACGGCGCCAAUGCCGCAGCCACGCCGGCGCCCGCGGGGACGCUGGGCUACCUCGACCCGGCCUACGUCACACCGGAGAGCCUCAGCACCAAGACGGACGUCUUCAGCUUCGGGAUCCUGCUGCUGGAGAUCAUGAGCGGCCGCAAGGCCAUCGACGUCCAGCACUCGCCGCCGUCCGUGGUCGAGUGGGCGGUCCCCCUUUUACGCAAAGGUAAGGUGGCUGCUCUGUUCGACCCGCGGGUGGUGCCGCCGCGCGACCCGGUCACUCGCAAGGACCUGGCCGCGCUGGCAGCGAGCUGUGUGCGCUCGUGCAGGGAGCGGCGGCCGUCAAUGGCCGACAUAGUUGAGCGGCUCGUGGUUCUCAGCAAAGCGGUUUCGGCCAAGGUGUGGAACGGGCUCGCCGACGGGCUUGCGGCAGUCGGGAACCCUUGCGCGGUUGUUGAUGUUCAGAGGACCAUCUCGAAGCGAGCUUCUGCUAGCAAUAGAGAAGAAUCGGAGCGGGAGUCGACUUCGUCAUUGGCAUUUAAUGAUGAUGAAAAGGAGGAGGAGGAGGCAGCCGAACAGGCCCUGGAGGAUCAGGUGCCAUUGGUGGGUGCCAAGAAGCCACCCCGGCCAUUGAAGAGUGGAAUAGUGCUAUCUGAGGCUGGGGCUCGGGAGAGGAGAAAUCUCUUGGAGCUGAUGGCUCGGAUUGAUGGUGUUGCCGGCCAAAGAUUUGGCAUUAGCAGAGCAAGAACAAUGCGUGCUACCAGUGAGCUUAUUGGAAAGGAUGCAGUGUUACUCCUGAAGAGGAACCAAACUGUAAGAGUUGUCGGAUCAGAGGUACUGCCAAAAUCUGAAAGGCGUUCUCAUUUUGAUGUGAAGAUUAAACACAAAGCAGGGAAAGAGCAAGAGAAGGCAGGGAAAGUGCAAGAGAAGACAGGGAAAGUCCAAGAUAAGGUGGAGGAAGUCCAAGAGAAAGCAGAGAAAAUCCAAGAGAAUGCAGGGCAAAUCCAAGAAAAUUCUGGGAAAAUUUUAGACAAAGCAGAUAAAUUGCUAGAAAAGACGGAGGAAAACCUUGGAAAAGAAGAGAAAAUUCAAGAGAAGAUAGAGCAAAACCUUGAAAAAUCAGAUAAUGUUCAAGAGAAUGAAGGGAAAAUCCAAGGCAAGGCAGAGAAGAUCCAAGAAAAUGCAGGGGAAAUCCAAGACAAAGUAGAUAUAAUCUACUGCAAGAAUGAGGAGAGUUAAAUUUAUAUGAUUGUUCUUGAGGCUGGCUUAACCAAUUAUUUCCUGGAAGUUUAUCUCAAGGAUAGAGCUUAUGAGAUAAAAUUUUUGUUCCCCAGGCGCUGUGAUGGUAUUUGGAAUUCGACCAGAUUGAAUCUCCUGGUUGUCGGAAUUUACCAAUAUGACCUUGAAGCUUGAACUCAGAUCCUAGCAAUGUGAUCUGCUAUUUGGAAUAUCAGCAAUGACAUCAACACCACAGCUAUUGAAUCCCAGGUGACAGCCAUUGCAAUGGCUUACUGGAGAUAGCUCUUAGCGUAAGGAUGGCUGAACGCUGAAAUCCAAACAGCAAAGUGCAGUAAUUCAGAUGGUAGAGCAUUCUGGAUCUGCCAAUGGAGUUCAGAUUUCAUUUAAGCAACUGGUAAUCAUUUGGCUGCUUUAAACCAAAUCAGGUGGUGCUUCAAAAUGACUGCUAGUUGAAGUAGAUUGUUGUAGCAUUACUUUGUUGAUUCUUUAUCCUGUCUACAUACAAGGAUCAUCAAGUGUUCGAAUUGAAUUAUAUGUUUUUUUAAGGAACAGGAGGGGCAUGCUUCUAUUGAUUAUCAUA